GCAUGGCGGACCAAACAAGGUCGCAAGGAAAACAUAGAUAUAAAACCAUAAAAAGCAAGCGACAGCCACUGUGUGCUAGAACAUCGUAUAGCUGCCAUAAACUAUGCUUAUUUCUGUAUACACUUUGCUACCUGUUGAUUGGGAUUGCUUUGCUAGGAAUUGGUAUUUAUGUUGAAGUGGAGAGGAGAGAAUACACAGGCCUAGAGAAGUCCUUGUCUUUACCAGUAGCCAUUUUGAUAUUCAUUGGACUCUUCAUAUCUAUUAAUGGUCUCUGUGGAUUGGUUGGAACAGUGGAAGAAAAUAUUUCCUUACUAAAACUGUUCCUGGUUCUCUCAGUUGCUACUUUCCUUGUACAGAUAGCAACUGCCAUCUUGAUAUAUGUGAAUGGAACAGAAAUAUCAGAUUUAGUAAGCUCUAAAUUAGCAUUAGUCUUAAAUGACUUCAACAGAAAUCCAGACAUUAGAAGUACUAUGGACACAAUACAAGAUAAGUAUUCUUGUUGUGGGAUAAGUUCAUGGCAUGAUUAUGUAGACUAUGCAGAUGCUUGCAGAGAGAGAUGUACUUAUGGAAAUACAUGCAAUAGCCAGUGUAUAUUUCCACAGUCUUGUUGUUCCUUGCCAAAUGUUCCACAAAGUGCCAUUAACUGUACCAGUAAUAAAGUGUCAGAGGUACCUCCAUCCAUGACAAUUAAGAAUGGUUGUUUUUAUGCCUUUGUUGAUUGGUUGAGUGAUAGGAUGGAUCUGAUUGGUGCAACAACUUUGGGCCUGGCAUUACCACAGGUAGCAGGUAUAAUAUGGGCUUACCUUGUACUUAGAAAAAUCAGAGAAUACCAGUGCUGGUAUACUGUGGAACUUGCUUCAGAUUAUGAAAAUAAGCUUUGAAUUUCCGAUUUCUCACAGAUUAUUACACCUCUGACAGCAUAUAGAAGUCCCAAAACAUGGUUGUCUUACCUAAAGUACCUCAUAUUUUGUUUCAAAGAUUUAAAGAUAAUUUUUUGUGCAACAAAACUUAUGGAAAAGGUCAGGUUUAAAACAAAAUAAUUGCUAUAAUUUCUUUAAUUCAAGAUGAUAAAACAUUGAAAAAAAAUCACCAUGAGAUGUAACCACUUAAAUGUUUGGUUUAUUUAAAUGUUUUGCUUUAGAUUUGAAACAUGAGUGAGUUUUCUCCCUUUACAAUAAAAAGCAUUUUGAUGAAGAUAUCAGAAUUAAUUAGUAGUAUAUCGUAUAGAUAUUAAAAACUGAUAAUAAAGACAAUUAAUAAGAAGAGAAAUGAGAAAUACCAAUUCCAUUUUGAAAAGUUUACUUUAAUAAUAAAGAUUUUUAUUCAUAUUAUUAUUAAUGAUUUCAUGCCAGUAGCUUUAUCCUAUGUGUUUGGUCAUUUACACCAAUAUUCAUAUUUUCACCUUUAUUAGAUAUUUUUCAGUGAUUUUUUUUUGGCUUUUGAAGUCAGUUUAAAUAAUUUUGGACAAAAUAUGAUGCACCAUUCUUUAACUUUUAGGUAGAGUAAAAAAGAUGAAACAAAUAUACCACUUAUUCAAUGUAUUUUCAAAGUGUCAUAUCUUACAUUUAAUAUCAUAUAUAACAAUAGUGCAAUAUGUUAAAUCUGCAACAUCAAGAAGCAUUUAUGUAAAUAUCCCUGUUUACUUGUUGAAAUUGUUUGUUUAUUUUUUACAAUCUGUAGUAUUUUCAGCAUUGGUUUAAUGCCUUUUAAAGUCAUUGCCUUGCUUUGGUUCAGAGCCAAUAUCUUGCUUGCUUAGCUUUCUCUUGAAGGAAUGUUUCCAUUUACAUUUGAAAUACUGUAAGUUCUAAAACUUUUGGACUGUUUGUAUUAUUGUGAAGGUAGGUGCCGAAAAAAAAAAUGAAUUGGCAUUUUAAAUUUUGACAGCAUUAUUUGGAAUCAGCUUUUUCCUGACAUCACAAUAAUUAAAUUUGCAUUUGUGUAGAUUGUGGAUUGUUCUAUAAUCUCAAUAAGGGCUAUUCCAUUAAAAUGUAUGUGGGAGGGUAGGAAAGGACUUUCAAAAUAUCCCUACAACCAAGAACCAUUUUUUAGAUGAUUUUGCAUAAUGGUAAUAGACGCAUACUGCAAAAAGACCCAUGACCCACAUUCAAUAAUUAAACUUCCCUUCCUACCCUCCCACAUACAUUUUAAUGGAAUAGCCCUAAUAAACACAUGCAAUAAUUUCUGAUGUUACACUAUCCUUUAUCCUGAUUGAAACAGAUAUUCCUCUAUAAACAAUUGAUCUUUAGAGAAGAUCAGAGUCAAGUAAAUCAUAAAAAUGAAGCCUCAAGAACAGUUUGACCCUAAAAAUCUUAAAUUCAACCUUCACCUUCAUGAAAAAAAUCACUUUAAAGUAAAUUGAAAGGCAAACUGUAAGCUAAUCCUAGAAAUUUUAAAAUCCAAUACAAAUUUUUUGUUAUGCAAAUUGUGUGUAUAUAGCUUUUAUUGUGUCCAUCUUUUUAUAAUUCCUUCCAUCCAAAUUAUAAUAGGUGUUCAGACAUUAUUUGUUGUACCUGCAGAUUUAUUUAGUUGGUUAUGUUAAUGUAUAACAAAGUUACGAGUUGAUUGUGCAUGUUGUUCUAGUUGACCCACUUUUGACAGAGUUAUUGCCCUUGUCCAUGUCUUAUUUACUGCAGGGAGUUGAAAUUGUAUAAUACUUAAACCAUAAGAAGAUUCAAUCCAAGCUACUAGUUUUCAACUAGCUGUCAGUUGAUUGGUCAACUGUCUGUCUUCACUUCUAAAUUUGCUUUUAUUUUAAUUGUGAGAGUUGAUCAAAUUGUAUGUUACCAAAGUGUUACUUUUCUCACUUGCCCAACAGGCCUAGGAUUAAGUGAGCUUUACUUUUUAUUUUGUAGUAGUGUUCUAUUCCAAAUAAAUAACUUGAUCUGAAAAGAAAAAAAAAAUAAUGCAACUAGAAACAAAUCUCAAUUCCAAUUGGUCAAUUGUCAAAUUUCUAUGUGAACAAGACUACAUGAUAUUCAUUGCCAUCCCAGUAUUUACUUGCAGUAAAAUUUGUCACAAAACACUUUGAAAAAUAUAAAAAUGAAAUUAUAAUCAUUUUUUUUUUAACCCCAUUAUUAGUUUACUUAUAUCGAUAAAACUAGGAAAAUAUGUUUUAUAUGUUAUACGAAAAAUACUUAGAUGAUGACUUAAUAUUCUUGAAUUUUGCCUUUAACUACAAAGCAGAAGCCUUCAAAUAAUUAUUUAAUCGUAUUUGACAUUGAAUGACAGGAAACUUCACUCUUUGCUAUUUAAAAGUUCAGCACCUCAACCAACAGGAGAUUCUUAAACUCUGCAAUGUACAAGCAUAAUAUUAAAAAAUAUCUUAUUGGAGAAUGCUAAACUUGAGUGGUGAAUAAAAAAAAUCGUCCAAGAUACUGAAAGGCUCAUAAGGCUUAUGUAAUUUUAUGUGAAUUUUGAAGAACAAAAUGCUUUAUAAACCAAAUGUACGUUAUAGUAAUUUAGCACAUCAAUGAUCUUAAGUACAAGUCUGUGAUUUUUAUUUAAUUUGUAAGGAUACUGUUAGUUACAAGAAAAUAGUUGUUAGUACAAAAUGUCAUUAGUAUUAGUGUUGUAAUUUAUUUAUUUUAUGAUAUUAUAAUUCACUUUUAUUGUUAUUUCAUGUAUAUUAUAAAGUCUUUCUAUUUAUCUUUCUGUCUCACAUGUUUACGCUUUCUUUAUGUUUAUUUUUAUAUUAUAUAAUAUUGGUAUUGUUUACGAGGCAUAAUGUAUAUUUAAAUAGGAUGUGGUUUCUAUAGGGUUACAAUAGAGCAGUUAUUUGUUGAUAGAGCAAAACAUUUUAUUGAUUCAAUGGGAGAAAGACUUUUUACAAUUUUUGUUUUUAACAAAUACUGUAUUGACAAAUAGAAAAAUUGUGACUAAAGUAUGUUAUUUUAUUACAUUUUGCCCGCACUUUUUUUAUCCUAGAUUUGGCAUUGAAGGAAACCUGUAUUACUUUUCAGGAAAGGAUAUAACUUGUAUAAAUUAUAACUUCAAAGUGAAUUCAGGAUUCAGGAAAGUACUUGGUAAAAAGAGAUUUUUAGAGUAGGAAGUAACAAAUACAAAAAUGUAAAUGUGAAAUAAGAUCUUGUAUGCAAAAAUUAAAAACUUUUAAUUAAGCAAAUAAGUAAACUAAUAAAAUAUUACAUAUAUUGGAUUUGGAUAAAAUAUUUAUGUAAGCUUUAGUCCUGUAAUAGGUCAUAAGAUCUUGAAGAUGGAUCUGUCAAGUACUUGUACCUUUAUUUAAUUAUUCUCAACUAAAGAAAAUUUUGACUCAAAGCUGAUGUUUUAACCUCAGGUUUUAUUGCCACAAUCCUAAAUAUCAGCUGAAAUGAUUGGUUUUAUGAUAUAUUGGAAUUUUUUUUUAUACACAAGGCCAGAAUGGGUUUUAAUGUUCUAUUUUCUUUAAUUGAAGUAUUUUGCAUUUGGUCAUCUCAUGUAUUCGCUGCAUCUUUUGCUCUACCAAUAUUUUCGGCAAAGGUUGUGUUUCUGUUUCUUCAAAUUGUUUGUUUUAGUUAACAUAGUCUUAUUUAUAUGGCAGCAGUGUUCAAAAUAAGUGCCCACACAAUAUAUGUUGGGCUAUUAAUCGUCUGUAGAAAUUUCCCCCACUGAAUACAUUGUGUUUAAAAAUAACAUUGAAAUCGCAGUAUAUGUACAUGAUUUUAGAUCUGUGUGAACCAGUAGGUGUUUUGUUCUUACCAAUUACCCCCAUAAGAUUGAAUCAAGUUUAUGGUGUUUGGAAUUGAAAAUCGGACAUUAUGUCAAGUGAUUGGAAAAAACAGCUGUCAAUCAAUUACGAAUAACUCAAUAUUACCUUGAGAAGGAGUGACUAAGAGUAUAAUGUAAGAGAAGAUGGUAUUUUUAGACCUUAUGUAUUUUGUCAACAUUUGAAGACUUGGAAAGCGUUAGCAAAUCUUUUCCUUAGACUAGUCUGGUGAGGUAAUUUUACCACUUAUUUUGAACAUAAUCUUGAUAGAAUUAGCAAAAUAUUUCUUUACUUAGCCUUGCACAUGUAAGCUUAUUUACUUGGUAUAUUUUUAAACACUGCUUUUUGGGUAUUGGUGUAAUAAUUUAUGUACAUAUCACCAUUAGUAUUUUAUUAAUACCCGGUAGUGUUGGGGUUAUACAGUACUUACAUAUGUGUGAUCCUAUAAAUAGAUUUUACAAAUAUUUACUCAUGUUGAUUGUGUUCAGUUGUUUUGCUUAAAUAAAAAUAGUGCCUUUAAA